AAGUGCUUAUAAACAAGAAAUUAAUGAACUCCCCGCUUUGGGGAAAAAAUAUUGAGAGAAAUGCCUCACUAGAUGGUGUUUCAUAUCAGAUGUGAUUUGUUACUCUAAUGCGUGCUAUUUCCUGGAAGUGUGUUUCGUAUUUCGUCAAUCGUGUUAGGAGUUAAAUUAAUACAAAAAUGAGUGAAAUUUCCGAAAAAAUUCGCUAUAUUUUGCAGUUUUACUACGAAAAAGGCAAAAACGCCGCGCAAGCUCGGAAAAAAAUUUGUGAUGUUUACGGUCGAGAUUCUUUAUCGAAUGCAACAGCAUGUAGAUGGUUUGGCCGCUUCCGUUCUGGAAAUUUGGAUGUCAAAGAUGCACCUCGGUCUGGUCGACCAAUCACUGGAAAAGUCGACGAAAUCUUACAAAAAAUCGAAGAAGACCGACACAUAAAUAGCCAUGACGUUGCUAGGGAAUUAAAUAUCGAUCAUAAAACAGUUUUAAACCAUUUACACAAGGCUGGAUACACAAAAAAACUCGAUGUUUGGCUGCCGCAUGAAUUGUCAAUGAAAAAUUUAAUUGAUCGUAUUUCUAUCAGCGAAUCGCUACUCAAACGCAAUGAAAUCGAUCCAUUUUUAGAGCGAUUAAUAACGGGCGAUCAAAAGUGGAUCACAUAUGACAAUAAGAAACGAAAGAGAUCAUGGUCUAAGAUGAAUGAAACUGCGCAAACGGCAGCAGAAGCACAAUUAGUACCACGUAAGGUUUUGCUUUUUGUUUGGUGGGAUUGGAAAGGAAUCGUAUAUCACGAACUGCUUCAACCAGGCCAGACGAUUGAUUCGACUCUCUUCUGCCAACAUUUAACGCGCUUGAAACGCGAAAUUGAGAUAAACCGUCCAGAGUUGAUCAAUAGCAAAGGUGUCGUCUUUCAUCACGACAGUGCCAAACCUUUCACUUCUCUGUUGAGUCGGCAAAUGCUGAGAGAGUGUGGCUGGGAAAUUUUAAUGCAUCCACCACAUAGCCCGGAUUUAGCCCCAACCGACUACCACUUGUUUCGCUGUUUGCAAAACUCCCUUCGUGGUGCAAAGCUGACUUCAGUAAAGGAUUGCGAAAAUUAUUUAACCAAAUUUUUUGCCGCUAAACCACAAAAAUUCUACGCCGAUGGAAUUAUGGAACUUCCCGAAAAAUGGCGAAAAGUUAUAGAUAGUAACGGCCAUUAUGUACUUAAAUAAAAUUUAUUAAAGAAAAAAAAAAAAAACAAAACCUCUCAAUAUUUUUUCGCGACAUGCCAGUAGACUUUAUUUGAUACAAAGACAAAUAUUAUCGUACGUAAAGAAUGCGUUUAUUGGGCUAAGGUAGCGUUCGUUGACAAUGAGUGCUUGCGUUAAUAACUAUAGAAAGAUAUAUGAAGCUUUGCGGAGUUUUUAUAUUUAUU